AUGCUGCCUACAAGUAUUCCUGAAAUUAUAACAACCAAAGAUGCUAUUUCUGCGAUUAUACUUGGUACAAAACCACCACCACCAUUAGUUGAGGUGGAAUUAUUGUUGGUAUGUGAUGAGUUGUCUGAGUUGUAUUGA